AUAAAAGCCGCAUCAGACUCCUAAAGUUUUCAGUUUUUUUUUUUCUUUUAAUCUGCGGAGACCAUUUGGAUUUGUGGCGGCGACGACAGCGGUUCUUAUCUUUCGUCCGGAGAAUGUUUAUUUGUCUUCUAGGGUUUUGAAUUAGGCAUUCGAUAAUUUUCAGAAGAACAAAAGAGAGAGAGAGAGAGAUGGGUCCUCUUGUCGGAGAAACCGAACUCCCUGAAGCUCUCCUCAAGGCUGGAAAAGAUCUCCUCGAGCCUCAUUCCUCUACUGAUUCCCUUCUCGACCUUCUCCAUAAAGUGGAGACUCUGCUCUCUAUUGUGGAGCAAGAUCCUAUUGUAGCUGUGCAAAGUGCCCUGAGACCAUCUACCAAGGCUUUGAUAUCUGCUGAUCUCUUGAGAAACCCUGAUUCCGAUGUUAGGGUUUACGUUGUCUCCUGCUUAACGGAGAUUAUGAGGAUAACUGCCCCUGAGGCACCAUAUAACGAUGACCACAUGAAGGAUAUCUUCGAGGUGACAGUAGAAGCCUUUGGAAAACUAGCUGAUGCUUCCUCUCGCAGUUACAAGAAAGCGGAGGCUGUUCUUGAUACUGUUGCUAAGGUCAGGUCUUCCUUGGUGAUGUUGGACUUGGAGUGCGAUGACGUUAUCUUAGAGAUGUUUCGGCAGUUCUUGAAAGUCAUAAGCCCGGACCAUCCUCAACCGGUGCUUCAUUCAAUGGAAACGAUAAUGAUAACUGUUAUAGAUGAAAGUGAAGAAGUAUCCAUGGACUUGCUAGAGAUUCUAUUGGCUGCUGUCAAAAAAGAAAGCCAGGAUGUCUCACCAAUGGCUUCGAAGCUUGUGGAGAAGGUUCUCAGUAGCUGCGCCUCUACGCUUCGACCGUGCAUCAUGGAAGCUUUGAAGUCCACAGGGACAAGCUUGGAGAUGUAUUCUCCAGUGGUUUCGUCAAUAUGCCAAAGCGAAGCUGCUACUACUGAAGCGCAAAUCGUUGUUAACCCCAAAGAAACUGAGGCAGGUGAAAAGACGUUAGAAGAACAAGUAGUUCCAAGUGAUUCAUUGAAGGUACCGUAUUUGGAAAAACUGGAUUUGGGUCUCUCUGUCAAGGGGGCUAGGUCCAAGAGAACUGCAAGAGGUGGAACUCGAGCCAAUGGAGAUGACAAAGUAACAAAAGGAAGUGAUUUGCAACAACUUUUGAAGCAAGGGCAUUCCGAAAGUACAGACACAGAUACCGAAUCAGGGUCUGCUAGGAGGAGAGGGCGGAAACCCAAUUCACUGAUGAAUCCCGAGGAAGGCUACUCAUUCAAGACGUCAUCAGGCAAGAAUGAUUCAUCACGUGGAAAGCUCGCUGGCAAGAAAGCACCUUCCCCUAGUAAAGUUGCUCAAACGAAUCAGCCUGUUGUUAUUUCUCUCUCGCCCUCUAGUAAGUCUAGGAAGAAAGGGUCAGGUAAACGAAGCCGGAGUAAGAUGGAAGAGACAGAUCUUGAUGCGGCUUCUUUAGCUAGGCCAGUAUCAAAGAAACCGACUGUGAAGAAGGAUAAGCCUGAAGAAGAAGAUUUAAUGGAAACUGACAUUGAAAAGCCUGAAGAUAGCAUUAAGACUGCCAAGCCAAGUAAAAAGGAGAAGAAAGCAGAGAAUGGUUCAGCGAAAACUUCAGCAAAGAAGCCACUUGAAGAAUCUAAGACCAGUGGGAAAAAAAUAGUCCACUCAGAAGCAAAGAAAAACAAUUCAAAAACUGAUAUUCCCCAGUCCUCAAAGAGCAAGAAGAAGAGCUCCCCAGCAACAACGCCUGCGACCAAAGAAUCCGAACAAACUCCCAAGAGCCAUCCCAAGAGAAAACGGACAGCUGGAGAGGAAGUGGAGUCCAAUAAGAGUAAGCUUGGUCAGGAACUGGUUGGUAAGAGAGUUAAAGUCUGGUGGCCACUCGACAAGAAGUUUUAUGAAGGCGUCAUACAAUCCUAUGAUGGUCGUACGAGGAGGCAUAAAGUCUUGUAUUCUGAUGGGGAGGCUGAAGCGAUUUAUCUUAAAAAUGAAACUUGGGAGAUAAUCCAGGAUAAGUCUUCAGCCAGUGAGCAGGAAAAGGAGGAUGAUGAUCUGCCUGAUUCUACUCCUUUAUCUGACAUAAUGCGAAGGCAGAAAGCCAAGAAGAGCAAAAAUGUGGAACUGAGCAGUUCUUCAGACGUCAGAUCCUCGAAGGAGAAAGAACCUGUAAAAAACUCCACUAAGCAAGGGAAACGAAAGAAAGGUGCGCUGAAGAGCUUAAGCAAUGAACCAGAAAGCAGAGAGGAGAAAGAUGUUAAAUCGUCAAAAGAGCCGAAAGCUGAAACUGGCAGGACUAAGAAAAGGCAGAAGGUGGCUCGAGAUAUGCACCGGGAAAGUGAAAAAGACUGUGAUGACAAGGAGGAAGCUGCAACCAAGGGUGAAGGCAGUGUGAAAUCCGAUGCGGAGCCUGAAUGUAAGAGAGAUCACCAAGAACUGGCAGAUGAUCCAAAUGCGGAAACCAAAACUGAUGGAGAAGAGCUGAAGUCUACAAACAAGUCAAAUGCAGAACCAGAAAUUGAUGGAGAAGAACAGGAGACAGCAAAAGAGCCAACGGCAGAACUCAAAAUUGAUGGAGAAGAGCAAGAACCAGUGAAAGAGAUUAAUGAAGAAACUGAAACUGAGGCACAAGAGGGAGAAUCAGCAAAAGAGCCAAAUGCAGACACAAAAUUGAUCGAGAAGGAGGAUAUGUCUGAGGUACAAGAGGUAGAAUCAGCGAAAGAGCCAAGUGCAGAUACAAAAUUGAUUGAGAAGGAGGAUAUGUCUGAGGAGCAAGUGGGAGAAUCUGCAAAAGAGCCGAGUGCAGACACAAAAUUGAUUGAGAAGGAGGAUAUGUCUGCGGUACAAGAGGUAGAAUCAGCGAAAGAGCCAAGUGCAGACACAAAAUUGAUUGAGAAGGAGGAUAUGUCUGAGGUACGAGAGGGAGAAUCAGCAAAAGAGCCAAGUGAAGACGCUAAGGAGGACAUAUCUGAGGAGCAGAGUCAUGGAGCUGAAAAAGAGCCAAGUGUGACUGAGACUGGUAAAGUAGAAAAUGAAGCUGAAGAAGAUGAUCAGAGAGCAGUUAAGGAAGUGGGAGAAGAGACUGAUAAAGCAGAAGCUGGUACUACCCCUGUUUCAGGUUGAUCCAUGGGGCCAUGCAUGGUUAGGUGAUGAUAAAGAUUGAUUAUUGUGGUUUAGGUAACUUUUAUGUUUAGUGAAGCUGCUUGUUUAAAGACUUAUGGUGUUAUUGUUAGUAGAGAGAGUCUUCUGACCUAUUAUGUCUUAUUGUGGAACUAGUUUGCUGGUGUCACCUAGCUAAGUAACAUACAUUUUAGAGGACAUGUGUGUGCUUUGCUAAACACAAAACAGUGAUUAUAUGUGUAGUCAUUUCAGCACUUCCUUUA